GGGUCGGAAGCGGGAAGGGGCUCUGAGGUGGAAGGCGGGGCCGCCAUGUCUGAUACCUGGAGCUCCAUUCAGGCCCAUAAGAAACAAUUGGAUUCGCUGAGGGAGCGGCUGCAGAGGAGGAGGAAGCAGGACCCGCUCGACCCCCGUCACACCGACCCCUCUCAACCCCCCCCUCCCCUCCCCACCCACCCUCCUCCAUUCCACCCUUCCAGCUCUGUAGGAAGUUCCAUCUCAACCCCUGGGGGGGUUGUGGGGGUCUCUACCACCCCAUCUACGGAUGAAGGGGGUCCGGAAUUGACCCCAGACCCAGCUUUAGAACGUCGAUUGCUGCUUCACCUCGCCGAUGUCGCCCUCACUUUGCCCACCGAUGCCGGAGCGAUACGGGGGGCUAUCGAUACGCCCGAAACGCCGGCGACGCACAACAUGGUGGAAAGCCUCCUCCAGAAGUUCGCGGCCCAGGAGCUGAUCGAAGUACGUCGCGGCCUAUUGGCCGAAGGCCCCACCAUCGUCACCUACGCCGACCACUCCAAGUUGGCGGCCAUGACAGGCUCCGAACGAGGCCGCGACAUGGAGGCCGAAGUCGGCGGGAGGAAGAGGAGAGCGGAACAGGAAAUGUGCGGCGGGGUAGGAGGAAACGGACAGGAAGUGGGGAAGGAAGUGGUGAAGAAAUGGCGGAAACAAGCGUCCGACGUGGAUCUGGAGAUUGAGAGUGUAAGCCAGGAGAUCCUGGAGCUGCUGAACACCACCACGGCCAAGGAGCAAUCCAUCGUGGAGAAGUUCCGCUCGCGGGGUCGGGCCCAGGUCCAGGAAUUCUGUGACCACGGAACCAAAGAGGAAUGCAUCAAAGCCACCGGAGCCGACCGGCCCUGCAGGAAGUUGCAUUUCCGUCGCAUCAUCAACAAACACACGGACGAAUCUUUGGGCGACUGCUCCUUCCUCAACACCUGCUUCCACAUGGAUACCUGUAAAUACGUCCACUACGAGAUCGACGCCUGUUCCGAGACCCCCGCCGAGACCACCGCCCCACCGGGUCGAGAACACGGACCGGAACUACCCAGGUCACAACCCGACGCCGGCGCCGACCGACUCUUCCCACCCCAGUGGAUCUGCUGCGACAUCCGUUACCUGGACGUGAGCAUUCUGGGUAAGUUUGCGGUGGUGAUGGCCGACCCCCCGUGGGACAUUCACAUGGAGCUGCCCUACGGCACCUUGACCGACGACGAGAUGAGGCGGCUCAACAUCCCCGUCCUACAAGACGAGGGAUUCCUCUUCCUAUGGGUCACGGGAAGAGCCAUGGAGUUGGGCCGGGAAUGCCUGAACCUAUGGGGGUACGAGCGUGUGGACGAGAUCAUCUGGGUGAAGACCAACCAGCUGCAGCGCAUCAUCCGCACGGGACGGACGGGACAUUGGCUGAACCACGGCAAGGAGCAUUGUCUGGUAUGGGGUCACCCCAUAGAAAACCCCAUAGAAACCCUAUAACCACCCUAUGGGGCU